AUGGUUUACAGCAUCAAGUUCGCUGAAUAUGCAGGAUUCUUCCGUCAACUCCUGGCUGGUUCUGCUGCAAGUCUGGGUGUUCUAACAUGUGCGUUUCCUUAUGCUUGGCUGACUCCAAUUCUUCCCCAGCUCCUGAGCCCUGACAGUGAGAUUCCGAUGGAUACAGAAGGAGUAUCUUGGAUGCUCAUCAUGCCAGAAUUCGGGACCCUGAUCAGUGCUCUGCCAGCUGGCUUUCUAGCAGACCGUAUCGGACGCAAGACUGUGAUAUUAAUUUCAGCACCAAUAUUCCUUAUCGGAUGGAUAUUUAUCCUAUACACCAAGAGUCUACUGAUAAUAAACAUUGCCAGAGUGUUUCAAGGACUAGGCGUGGGCAUAAUUUACACUGUGAUGCCCAUGUAUUUGGGAGAAAUAGCAAGUCCUAAGUACCGUGGAGCUAUUACAAGCAUUUUCUACUUCUUUUGGUGGUUUGGCUACCUUUUUGAAUACAUUUUAGGACCAAUGUUAUCAUAUUUCAACUACACGUUAGCGACUGCAUCCAUAAACAUCUUUUUCUUCAUCGCCUUUAUAUUUCAGCCCGAAAGUCCUUACUAUUACCUCAUGAAGAAGAAAGUAAACAGUGCUCAUAAAUCACUGACUUGGCUACUCCAAAGCAAUGAAGAUGAGGUUGACAAAGAGUUAGAACGAAUGAAGAAAUGUGUCGAAGAGGAUCAACAAAGGAAAGUGGUCUGGAAUGAAUUGGUGGCUACUCCCACAGAUAGAAAAGCACUUUUGAUUUUAUUAAUUGUCGGCUUCUUAAGGUUAUUCUGUGGGCUUAUUGCUCUCUCCUCUUACUCAACAGAGACAUUAAAAGCAGCUGGAGAUUAUUUCAUGAUUUCUCCCGACAACUGUACCAUUAUUAUAGGAAUAAUGAUGGUGAUAGGUAGCAUUGGAAGCUUUUUUACUCUUGAUGUUUUUGGUCGUAAAUCAUUACUGUACUUCUCUUGUUCUCUCUCUGCAAUUUGCAUGUUCAGUGCAGGUACGUUCUACCUCUUGAAGUCUCACUCUUCUUUAGAAAUGACACCUUACAGCUGGAUCCCUCCUGUAGCAUUUACAAUUCUUGCAGGAGUUUCGGUUGUAGGUAUUUUCCCUGUCAACAUUGCCUAUGCAUCUGAACUAUUCACUUCUAAUACAAGAGGAAUGGCAUCUAGUGUAUUCUCGUUUUACGCUACUAUCUUAGGUAUAUUUGUUCUGAAGUUUUAUCUUACACUGGCAGAUUUGUUUGGGGAAUUUGUUAACUUUUAUAUUUACACAGCAGCCUGUAUCAUUGGUGUAUUUCUAACGUGGUUUAUAAUGCCAGAAACUAAAGGAAAAACAUUUGAAAGAAUAAGACACGAGCUUGAAAGAUGAUUAAGUUAAAAUUAGAAGUUGUGUGUUUGAUAAAGUCUCUACAAUAGGUAUAGUCUAGAGAUCCAAUUUUCAUCGUAUGAACACUCAUAUAAAAUUUUGCCAAAAUCGAAUGAGGAAUACUUCAAAAAAGUCGAUCUUUAACCUCUGUAGUUUGUGUGGAGGUCAAAGUGGGAGAGUUUCACGAGCAUUAAGACUAACAUACAAUUUUUUAAACCAUAUUUUAAGCUUGGCACUUUUACAACUAACCGCCAGACAUGUAAAUACUACUUGUAUUGCCGUUAGGUAACAGGUUAAAGAGACUGAAGCUCGUCAUUUUCAGCCAAAUAUUCAGCCAUUUAUUUGUGUAUCUGACUUAGUUUUAUGUGUGUCUAGCUAAACAAAUCAGAUCUGAAAAAGUAAUUAUAUUUAACCAUUUUAAAAUCUAGUGUGGCUGAUGAUCAGCUUUCAUAAAAGUUAUGUGUCAUAAAUUGCUUAGUGAAUUAGGAUUUUAGUGAAUUAUAACAUGUGCACAGAGA